UGGCUGCUAUGUGCUCUGGCUUGUUUGUAGGCAGCAAAGCCUUUCUUUGGCGGUCUCUUCCUUUCUUUUUUCUUGGGCUGACCUUCCAGACCCUUCCUUAACCCCUCUACCAGUGUUGUCGGGCUAAGCACUGUACGACCCUCGGCUAGGUGAGCCUGCGUUGAGGCGGCAUCUUCAGGUGUGUCCUGUGAGGAUUGCAUGAAGAGAGACUUUUUGCAAUCAACCCUAGGACGUUGAGAGAUAGAAAUUUCUAAUUCGGAGACCGGCACCCGGAUGGCCGAGCCGCUCCCGCUCCCGCUCCCCCCUCCACCACCUCCGAUUGCUUCGGCGGCCACCCCGGCGGCCGAGCACCUCCUCCCUCCUCCACCACACCCUAAUGCCCUCGCCACCUCCACGACCGAUAUGCCUCCACCUCCCCUCACCCUCACCACUCACCCCAACGACGAGCUCACCCCCGCGGUCGCGCCACCUCCAUCCACCUUCUUCGACUUGCCCUACGUCAAGGCCGGCCAGGUAGCUCUUCGAUGUUUCCUCGGCUGCGGCAACGCCAUGGGGCUCGAGUUCGAGGACGACUGCAACCGCUACCUUCGCCUCGACAUCACCACCCCCGAGCUCCACCUCGCGUCGCCUCUCUACGUCGUCUUCGACUUCUCCAACCGCCACCUCGACACCAUUGUCGUCGCUGCUCUACUCCAGGCUGCUCUUGGAGGUUGUGCCGCCGACUUCUUCGUUGCCAUGUGCUCCCCACUCAUUUUCCGCUUUCACGUCGCAUCUCCACGCGUCGCUGAGAUCAUCCUCGACCAGUCCAAGGUCUGCCACCGCAACUAUGCUUUCGCCUUCGCCAGAACCCUACCACCUCUACCAUCGACCGCGGCCUCUUGCAUGUCGCUUGCCCGCCUGCUCCAAAUUCCUGAAGAUCUGGGGCUCCAGUUUGAAGCUGUGGCCUGGUCACAGCUCCGAUCAUACGUCACCGUCGACCCCGGCCGCCAUCCUCACGGCUGUCGCAUGUAUGCGCGAGUCAUCCAAUUUUCGUUCACCCUCAGCGCCACGUCCAUGGCGCUCGUCCUCGCCCGCCUGUUCGGAGGAUGCUACCUUCACUUCAACACCACUAACGACGGCGAUUCAUGCUUCUCCUUCACCGUCGCAUCGCCUGCCGUCGCCAAACUAAUAGCCUCCAUGGGAGACUUCCGCAAGCGCGGCAUGCUGCUCCGCUUCCCCUGGCCCAUGCGCACGAGUGCUGCCCGAAGCUCGCUCCCUGGUGAUGCCAUGCCUCCGUCGUACGAAUCCGCGUCUCCCUCGUCGUCGCCGGUCGUCUCUGCUUCACUGCCAUCAGCGUCCUCGCCUCUCGACCUGCCUAAGGUGAGGCGAAAACGGCCCGGUUUUAGCUUUUUUUACCGAAUGCUUAAUGCUACUUGCUUUAACCAGACACCACCUCAUGUGCAUUACACUCAUCACUCGCAUCCCUUUUGGAUUGCUUUCCUACCAAUUAGUGUUAGGCCAAAUGAAAUGUUAAUUGAGUCAGCCCUAAACCACUGCUUUUCGGUUAAACAAGACUUCCACGCAAUCAAGGUUAUUGAUCUCAUUUUCAAAUCCGGCAUCUCCACUCGCCCAGCAAAAUUUCAAAUCCUCAAACUUUGGCCCCUUGACUUUGUAGGGUUUCGUCUUUUUCUUUUUGACCAGCUUGAAACGGCCGUAUCGCACUGUGCUCGAUUCCUCCAUUGUUAUAAUACCUUUGCCUUCUCCCCGCUGCCCCCUAGAUCCGAAUCCGUCCUUGGCCCUUUUAUCUACCCAGCGAGCACGACCUCGCCACCCGGUCGGUCAGCCAUGCAAGCCUCCUUGGCCCACGCAUGCACAAUGAUGAUCGUGCGGCCGCUCCUGACACACCAUAUCUCCCAAAAGAUCCGUACACUCAGGACGACGCUGCGCAUGCGCGCGAAGCCAGUGCUACAACAAAAAAAAAACCCGGUCUCUCUGUCUGUGCCCAAUUUGGACGCCCCACAUGACCCCUCGCGUCAAAUCCGGGCACCCCCCCGCCGCCCUCUGUCUCCCCACGUGCCGCCCCUGAGACCGCAACGUUGCCGAAUCUUGCAUCGGGAACUGAUGAACCUGCGCGGCCACGCGCGCUGCCAGGCGCUCGCUCGCCGCUGCCGCACCCCCCUCCUACUCCUGCCCCGCAUCUAGACCUCAUCAUUGCCCCUAAAACCACUCUGCAGCCUAACCCGGCCACUCGAUCACCACGCCCAACCUCCCCCUCGCUUCAAACGCUGCAACACGCAACGGAUCACGCCAUCCUGACACCAGAUCCGCUGCCCUCCCCGUCCAACUGCAUCGCGACGCGCACAUAUCGAGAUACACUCCUCUCUCCCAUGCGCAGCCACAGUGAACCGCUGCCCCGCCCUCCAUAUAUACCCCGACGCCUUCUCCUCCCCCUCAUCUUCAUUCUCCUCCUCCAGCCACCAAAAAGUGACGCCGCUGCUUCCGCUGCCUAGCCCUAGAUCACUGCGUGGAGGACUGCCGCGACCCCGUCCGCUGCGCCCGUUGUUGGCGGUGCGGCCACCGCAGCGGUGACUGCAGGUACCGCCGUCUAUGGCCUUUCUUCCCCCCUCUUCCCGAAUCAUUCUCGAUAGGACCUAACCCCGCUUUCUGCCUUCGCAGAAUGGACUCGGCCAGCUCGUCUUCGGCACCCACGGCAGACCCGCGCACGCUCAUGAUCGGCCAGAUACCUGUCAUCCUCUCGGAGCCCUUCCCCGCCGUCUGCGUCCCAUCACCUUUCAUCCUCCAUGGCGUCCCCGUUGGCGCGAAUGGCGUCCCCCUCCCUCCACCAUCUCCACCAUGCACUUCAGCCCCUCCUCCCACACCCACUUCUCCCCCCCACAACAUCAUGCACUCGAACACUUCACCCUUCGACACCCACGAGCUGCGAGCACGUCUCUCCGACGUCUUCCUCGCACCUCAAUACACACGCACCACCUCGCAUGUCUAUGAAACCGAUUCUGACGACGAGCUGCCACGCCCAGUUCACGAGGCUGGAUCGCUGCCUCCCUACGGGGAUAUGCUGCUCGUCGCCGCCCCUCCCUGCCUAGUUCACUGCCCACGCCGUUUCGCUUUCGCUCACCUCCGCACUCCCGACCCCAACCCCACCCCUCUCAUCCGCCGCGCCAUCCAGCACACGUGCGGAAACCCUGCCUUCAUCAUGGGCGGUUCUUGGCGCGGGGUGGCGUGCCUCACUUUCCACACUCCAGCUGCCCGCAAUGACGUUAUUCGUCACAGCCCCAUAGAUUUCGAAGGUAACUCCAUCACCAUCGAGCCGGUCGAGCACGUCGACCGCUCCAUUGCCAUCUUCACUGAUCCGCUUCGCCCUGGCCUUCCUUGGUGAUGUGUGUGCCGUCGAUGACUUCUGCCUACAUGUCAUAGACUACACCUCCGUUCGGGCUCUGGUUCUGCUGCAAUCUGGCAAACCAACACCCCCUGGCAUUGUCAUCCAGCUCCCUCCUAUCAAUGACAUCAAGAUAGCUAAGGUGGUCGAGGUCUCUCGCUGGCACCACGGCGACGGGGCCAACCCCUUCGGCGGGGACUCUGACGGAGAUUCUGCUCCUCCCUCCCAACGUGGCUCGCCACAGCCCACCCACCCUGACCACAUUGCACCGGUCGUCUCCGCCGUCCGUGCUGGCUGGCGCGCUGACCCCACGUACGGCGGCACACGCCCGGUUGCCCCCAUGCCAGCCAUGCCACACGCGCGUCCCCUUCUGCUCCUGGCCUCGACAACGGUGACUCUGCACUGGCCUCCCCCUCUCCACCACCUGGAUCCGUAGGCCAGCCUCUUAUCAUAUCUGAUGAUGACUCCGUGGACUCCGAAGACAUGCACGCGUCGCUCCUGCAUGGCGUUCUGACGGAGUCGCUGGACGUGGUGCAUGCACCCACGUACGGCUCGACGGGCCCACCUGUCGUCCGCCCGACUUCUGUUGUCGGGGCCGUGCUCCCACCUACCCCGCCCGCACGCCCGACGGACGCCGCUCCGCCUGUCAGCACUCUGGUCCCCUCUGACACCUCGGCCUUCUCUGCGUUCGUGCCCCCGGCUGCUGCCACUGCAGCCCCCCCCCCCCCCCGCCUUCACCUUCACGGCGGGCGAAUCUUCACGUGCAUCUGGUAAAACCCCAAUCUCCCCGUCUCCUAAUCAAUCCACUUCCUUAGCUUCUGCCACCUUCGUACUGACCCAUGCCAACACGGACGCAGACCUGCCUCUCCACGACCUCGACACCCACGAAUGCACCAUACGCAAGGAGCGCCGCAAGACAGCCCGUGAUCACUCCUGCUCCAAGGACAAGCUGCGUCGCAGCGCGCGGCUUGCUGGCAAGGAGGCCAAGUACUCACCCAUGCUCGCCAAGGCUGUCAAGGCCAAGGCCGCCCGCCUCUCCGCUGCGGAUGUGGGCUCGGCCAUUGAUCGCGCCAUCCACGACGCCCGCCUCGAUGUCUCCGAUGCCCCUCCCGCCUCCGCUGAAGAUCUGGCCACCAUCGCACUGCUUUGCGGUGCGGACGACGACCACGUUGACGCGAUCCUUGAGGCGGAGGGUUCCGGCUCCGGUGCUGACGACGCACCAUGAUCAGCUCGCCAUCACUGUCAAGCAGGGCAGGGUGGACCGUACUGCCACCGCCAGUUCUAGUUAGCUUGAUCGUCCUACAUGUAUUGCUGUACUUUUGGUUCUCGUUCCUCUGUAGCCUAGCCCGUUUCUGUAGUAACGCGUCGCUGCACCUUUUGCUACUGUCAUGCAUUUGUAACACUGUCUUAAACCUCUGGUGUACGCCUAGUCUACAUGAGUAAUGCCACUUUCUCUAUCUGUUCGUGGAACGUACGUGGCCUGGGAGACAACGCCAAAUGCUCUGACGUUCUUUCCGAACUGAUCUCGAUCAAGCCUCACAUUGCAUUAUUACAAGAGUCUAAACUCGAUGGUUUCUCGGAUACAAAGCUACGAUCCUUCAUGCCCACGCAGUUAGACCAAGUUUUCUCCCUACCUGCCGUCGGAACGGCGGGUGGCACCAUCUCCGCCGUCAAAUCUGCCUCGUUCCAAGUAAUCUCUUACAACCACCUCACCUUCUCGUCAACCUUGAUUUUGCGAUCCACGACAACUGACCGUAACAUAGCGAUCACUAAUAUCUAUGCCCCCUCUACCCGUGCCCUCAAACAAUCUUUCCUCGAUGAGUUACUUGCUAUCUCACAACCAGACGACUCACCUUGGCUCUUAGUGGGCGAUUUCAACCUUCUCCGUUACCCCUCUGACAAAAAUAAUGACGCGUUUAGACAUUCCGAAGCCAAUGCAUUUAACCAAACCCUUGAUGAUCUCGCCCUCAUCGAACUACCACUUCUAGACCGCCAAUAUACUUGGUCCAAUAAUCGAGCAACACCCACCCUAGAACGUAUCGAUCGCGCCUUCUUCAACCUAGCAUGGGCCGACGCCUUCCCAAACUCCUCCCUCUCCUCCCUCACACGCUUCACAUCUGACCAUGUACCCCUCCUCAUACACGUCACCACAACGAUCCCGCGGUCCAAUUUUUUCAAAUUUGAACCUAGUUGGGCGAAUCUGCGGCCUUGUGCGGACAUUAUCAGCGCCGUUUGGGCCCCCUCGCGGCCCACCACAACCACUAACUCUGCCGCCACCCUUGCUUCCCUGCUAAAAAAGACUCAGGCCGAACUCAAAAAUGGGCCCGCUCUCGUAUUCCCGCCCCCCCUACGCGAAUCUCGAUGUAAAACCGCUAUCGCCGCCCUCGAUCAUGCAGAAGAAUCCAGGCCUCUCUCGCCGCCCGAACUCCUCACUCGCAAAAUCAUCGUGUCCCUCCUCAAAUGCCAUAUCCAAGAAAAAAUGGCUUACUGGAAAUGGCGUGCCAAAGUCUCUCGAGCAAUCCACGGCGGUGAAAAUUCCAAAUUCUUCCACAUGUCUGCCUCUCAACGUCUUAGGAAAAAACAAAAUCUUCUCCCUCACACGCGAUGGCACAGUUUUCACCUCCCAUCCCCACAAAGUUGAAAUCCUUCGGGACUUUUUCGUCUCACUCAUUGGCUCUCCUACCACGACCUCAUGGGCUUUUGACCUCAAUUCCCCAUAUCCUCAACACGUGCCCGGACUACAUGCCCUCGACGUGCCAUUCUCCGAAGACGAAAUUAAGUUGGCUUUCCUCCAAAUGAACCCACGAGCAAGCCCUGGGCCAGAUGGCUUCGGCCCCUCCUUUUACAGGUCCUUCUGGGCCUCUAUUAAACAUGCCAUUCUGCCCUUUUUCCAACAACUCCACCAAGGUGUAGCAGAUACAGAACGCUUAAAUCAUGCUCACAUCGUCCUCCUCCCAAAAAAUGCAGCCACCUCCUCACCCGAUGCCUUCAGACCAAUCUCCCUACAAAACUGCCCCGUCAAAGCCUUUGCCAAAGCCAUCACUUCGCGCCUCAAACCUCUCAUUCCUAGCCUAGUUCAUGGGAACCAAACAGGGUUCAUCACCGGUAGGAAUAUUGCAGAAAAUUACGUCUUUGCGGCCGACCUAAUCAGCUCUUGCCACUCCCGCAAAAAACCGACCAUGGUUUUCAAACUCGAUUUCAGGAAGGCAUUUGAUUCUAUUGCCUGGCCUGCCCUCGACAGGAUCUUGGAUGCCCGCGGCUUCUCUCAAACCUUUCGAUCUUGGAUUCAAAACAUCCUACGCACGGGUAAAACUGCUAUCCUCCUAAAUGGCAUUCCUGGCCACUGGAUUCAAUGCAAGAAAGGCCUGCGGCAGGGCGACCCAGCCUCGCCCUACCUGUUCCUCAUUGUUGCCGAUCUCCUUCAGCAGCUCAUCAUCCAAAACUCCGAGCCAGAUCUCCUCCACCACCCCAUCUUUACCCACCUGCCACCCACCAUUCUCUAAUACGUCGAUGAUACACUUAUUAUCGCAGCCGCCUCCCCCCUUGCUGCCACAGCCCUCAAAAAAAUCCUAGAUAACUUUGCGCAAGCUAUCGGCCUCACCAUCAACUUCUCCAAAACCACCAUGGCCACCCUACACACAGAUGAAAACAUAGCUGAUGCUGCUGCUCUCGCCAUGGGCUGCUCGCACGCUCCCUUCCCUCAGACUUACCUAGGUCUACCCCUUGCCCCCACUAAGCCCCCCUCCAACGCGUUCGCUCCCUUGAUUGCCCGUUCUCGGAAAUUACUAACUGAUUGGCGCGCAAAACUUUUGGACAAAGGCGAUCGACUCAUCCUCAUAUCCGCGGUCCUCGACUCCCUCCUUACAUACUUCAUGUCUGUAUUCCGUAUCCCAGAAAAGACCCUCAAAGUCAUUGACUCUCUAAGAAGGUCUUUUUUCUGGGCUGGUGAAGAUGCCUGCUCGGGUGCUCAGUGUCUGAUUGCGUGGAAAAACGUUUGCUCGCCUAAAAAAUUUGGUGGUUUAGGGCUCAAAAACCUUCACGUUCAAAACAACUGCCUUCUAAUGAAGUUUGCCGUCAAAGCACUCUCCUCCGUUCAGUCACCGUGGUUAGAUUGGCUAGACCUCCAACACCCAAACGCCCUCGUCUCUUCGGCCCCCCAAACCUCCUUCUUGUGCCGCACGAUAACCCAACAGAUUCCAACCCUCCAGUCAAUCACCUUUGUUCUCACCAACAGUGGCACACACACAUACUUCUGGAUGGAUACCUGGCUCACACCAAAACCCCUAGCUACCACCUUCCCGCACCUCUGCUCGCACUCCACCCUACAACUGGUUAAAGUAGCUAACAUUUUGCGCUUCGGUAUCGAAGCCAACCUCUGUAAUCGUCUCUCUCUAACAGCAGAACGAGAGCUUGCUUCGCUUUUGGCUGUUUUGCAGGACUUCACUCCGUCGACUGAGGAAGAUCAACGGUUCUUACUCCAGGGGCAUGACUUCUCCACCAAGCAAGCAUACGACACACUCAUGACCAAGCCAGACACGGAUCUCAUUGCCCCCCUCAUCUGGGGCACCAAGACUCCUCGCAAGAUCAAGAUUUUUGCUUGGCUUCUUUUCAAAGAUCGCCUCAAUACUAGAGUGAACCUCGCCCACAAGCAUAUAAUCUUCUCCAACCUGUGCCCUCGCUGCGCUACAUCACCUGAAGACUCCACUCACCUCUUCAUCACAUGUCCUCUUGCCAAUAGGAUUUGACAACGAGUAGGCUUCCUGCCCUCGUCUGACGACAUCAAUGAGCUUUGGGACACCCCGCUGCCUCAACACCUACCCAAGAAGGCUUGGUCCUUCGUCCUCCUCGCUCUACUCUGGAAAAUUUGGGCAGCGCGUAAUGACAUGCUAUUUAGGAGAAUUGAUCAACGUUCUGUAAUAACAAUUAGAAACCUGAUCUCUGACCUAGACCUUUGGUCACACCGUCUCGACAUGGGUGACAAGGAGGACGUCUUCUCGUGGCGUUCCUUCCUCUCUGCACGCUGCACCGUGCCGCUGUAAUUCUGUACUCGCUGCUUCUGCGGCCGUUUGAGUAAUAUAUUCAGGUGGGGAACUCCCCUCGGUGAUUCUAAAAAAAAACCCUAGGACGUUCUUGCCCGGGCACAUCAUCCAUCUCCUCAUCAGCAUGCUGAUAGCCUGAGUCAUCACAUGACCGACUCAUCAUUUCUACGUCGUCGUCAAAGGCGCCUGUAUUGAGGAACCGAAGAGGGUCAUCCUCGUCCAUCUCAUCAUUCAUUCUUUGUUCUACGGGGGCGAUUACAUCAGCCACUAUUGGACCCCCUUCCUCGCGUCGUCCGCCGCUCUCACCCGGCACUACAGGCGCUGGUAAUUGCGUAGGCGGGGUGGUGGUGUUCAUACCUACUUGCUGAUAUGUGGUUAUUGGUGUGCUCUCGGCCACCUCCAGACGAAGAAGUUCUUUGACCAUAGCAGCAUCCAACCCUCCUCUCCCCCGAGCCGUACCGGAGGAGGCAAAUCCUCGUGCCCCGAUUUCACACUCGACAAGGUAACCCUGAAGUGGCCACCGGGGAUCGGCUGAUAGUGGAACGUGAGUUCCAAGGGCUUCGCUAUCACCGCCUUUCCCACGUCCACCUUUUGGUCUUUGAUCAUGUAGAGUACGGUGCACGGGGUUUCGUCGGCCUGUAAAGACAUGUCUGCGACGUAAAACAUCCGAAAGGCAACGAAAACGGAAUAUUCUAGAUAUAUGUUGGUGCGACGUGUAAUUACCGUGAGGGCGUCGAGCUCAGCCAAAGAAGAAGGCCCGCCUAGCGUGCCAGAGACCGAGGACGGGCUGCUAUGAGCGGGUGCGGGAGCAGGCGCGGUUGCGUGAGCAGGUGAUGGUACAGUUCUGAUGUUCACUGAGUUGCUCCCGACGAAGCUGGGCAUGGAAAAAUCAUCUGCUGUCUUGUCUGGAUUUUCCUUCGUCCAGUUGAUGACAACAGGGAUCAAGUUAGUAUCAAAAUCAUUUCUGCAGGCAGCUGCAGCGACUGCUUGCUGGACCGUCUUAUUUUUCUCCUGAGCUGCUUUUUUUGCGUCCUCAGCUUCUUUUUUUUUGAAUGCAAGCUUCACCUUCUCGUCGAUGUCCGCCUGACUGAACUUCUUUUUCUGCUUCUUGGCCUCCGGUCCCUCGUUGUAAAAGACCUUCUACGUAGCGCCGUCUCCGGAGCCGUGCACACGUCCAUAUUGCGGCUGCUGGUCCAAAGGGAGUCCCUUCAGUUCGUUCAAAGCCGGGUUGAGAGGGGUGUCCCACUUGGGCCUCAUCGACGAGACUCGCUUUCGGCUUCAAGCCUGUGUUGCUUCUCCUGCAAAAGGAACGUGAACCGUUUAUGAAUGUGUAGUCGACUUAAUCAGAAGCUAAAUGUAAGGUGGUAAAGAAUAAUUACCAGUAUUCUAAUCAAUUUGCUCGUGAUCGGGUCCGUGUAAAAAACCUUCUUUUCCUUGUCCCACUUGUAUCGAGCCCUCAUGAAGUCACGCUUCAAAGGGGUGGUGAACUUCGCGAAGGGGUCUGGGAUCCCCACGGCUUCACGUUCCGUGUCCUUAUCCCAUAUGGGCCUUUUGCCAAGGUAGCCACGGCUUCCGAGGUGUUGGUUCCCCGUGUUCCUUUGCUAAAGCCCCUUGAAUUUCUUAGCCUUAGCCUUGGUUGCGUCGAUAGCGCAAGUGUCCUUGAACUUUUGAAACUCCUCUUCCGUACAUGUCGGAUUGUCCUCCAGAAUCUUGGACAGGGGUUCUUUAGCAUCAAUAGCUCGUUUCACCCUCCCUUUCCAGAAGGCGAAAUCAUUGUUGAACAUGUCCAUGGCGUGAUUGUUAAUCUUUUUCAUCUUCGGAUCAUCCCACGGGUGUUCUAUGCGGUCAUCCCGAUCGGGGUCAUCCCGGUCGGGGAACUGGAAUCUCUUGUGCAACUUCGUUAGGAGCAACUGCUUCAAAUGUUUUUUACCCCUUAAGUCAUCGUCGUUGAUGCUCGCGGUUUCCCGUAGGAUGCAUCCGAGUUGGUUCACGUAGCACUUGCGAGGUUCAUCCGGCUCUAAUGGCUCAAACUUGCCAGGGGCCAUCUUUGUGAUCAGCAGUUGUCCGAUGCCGAGUUUGUUAGGUUUUCGUAUCCUCUGCUUCUUCUUUUCGUUAGCGGCUUCGGCGCCGGUACCUUCCCCGCCGGUCUCGGCACCGCCAUCGAUGUCUAUGUCUGCGUCAGUACCAUCAUCGAGGCCGCCUUGCAAACCUUGACUGUGUUUAGUAGGCAAAAAGUCGAGGUAGUUAUGUUCACCCUCAUAAUCCAUCUCGUUUGCAUCGUGGUCAGAAGGCCCGGUUUCUUCGUUGUUCGACAUGUUUCCUACGAUUAAGUCUCCUCGUUUAAUUCUUAAACUAUAAGAAAAUGAGUAAUGACAUAAGAAAAAGGUUUAUGGUUUGCCGGAAUGCCGUUUCAUUCCCGUUGUAGCAAAUCCCGGAUAUGCCUACUUUCUAGUACAAGUCAUGCCAAAAUUCAUGGGAAAUUUUGGCAUGACCUUUGCUAAAAAGUGGACAUAUCAAAAUUCUAUAUUUUUCUUCCUGUUAUAUGCGUUUGAAAUUCACCGGAACAGAAAUGAAUGAACGUUCCGGCGAAACAUAGGCCACUUGGAUCAUUUACCCUACACAUAACCAUCAUUUUCCAAAUAUCACAUGUCCAAAUUCCAAAUAUCACAUGUCCACUUUAAAUUUGCAUAUAACAAGAAGAAAAAUAUAGAACUUGAAGAAAAAUGCAAGAAGUCCUUUUUCUUCACAAUAUUUGAAACUAGUGUUAAUCAAUUCUGUUUUUUCUUUAAAUAGCAACAAUUGCUUUAACUAAAAAAGUUAAAUACCUAGAAUUCUGUUAACUACACCUAAAACACCUAAAAUACCUAGAGUUCUGUUAACUACACCUAAAACACCUAAAUUCUUUUAACUACACCUAAAACACCUAUCGAGCCUACUAAACCUUCACCAAUAAAAAUUCCUAGAAUAAUAUUUCUGUCCUAAUUUGAUACCUAGCUAAAUACCAAUAAAAAUUUCUAGAAUAAUAUUUCUGUCCUAAUUUGAUACAGAAAGUAUACACAUAAAAAUUGACUUGAUUUCUGUCCUAUUUUAUAAUAUGGAUAAUUUUACCUAUUUUCUGAAUUUUCUGACAUAAAACUUCUACGAAUAUUCUGAAUUCAGAAUUCACAAAAUGCAUACAACCAUGAACAGUAGGAACAUCAGAAUCUAGCUAUUUCAUCAACACAUUCUCUGAAAUUUGAAUUCACAAUUUUCUGAAUUUUUAAUUCACAACAUCAUUUUCUGAAUUUUGAAAUCACAAAAAGCUACAGUUUUUCAAUUGUAAAUUAAAACUAGCUAUUUCAUGAACCCUAUAACCCUAGAACCUAACUGCAUGAACCUAACUACAUAAACCCUAGAACCCUAGAACCCUUAGGCAGAGAGACAGAGAGAGAGGAGGGGUGGAGGACUUACAAGGGGCUAGGGGAGACAUCGGCGGCGAGGUGGAGCUCGGGGGAGAUGCCGGCGCCGAGGUGGAGCUCGGGGGAGACGGGUGCGGGUGGAGGAGCGAGCACUGACGACACGGGCGGCGACAGAGGGCGCGCGAAGGGCGACGGCACGGCGUCGGAGGAGAGGGAUCGAAUGGGGAAUGGGAUGGAGGAAAGAAGCAGAGGAGGAAGCCCGCGCAGGGGGUUAUGUCAAAAUAGCAGUAGCGCGGUUCUGUAACCAGCGCUAUAGCUAGUUCUGUAACACGCGCUAUAGCUAGAUAGCUAUAGCGUUGGUUACGGAACCGCGCUUCUGCUAUCUUAGGUAGCUAUAGCGCGUGUUACAGAACCGCGCUACUGCUAUCUUAAGUAGCUAUAGUGCGGGUUACAAAACCGUGCUACUGCUAUAAGUAGAUAUAAGUAGAUAUAACACGGGUUACAAAACCGUGCUACUGCUAUCUUAAGUAGCUAUAGCUCCUUUUUCAUUAUUUUGUAUCAUUUUCAUUUUCUUUUUCUUUUCUUUCAUUUCUUGUUUUCUUUCUGCUUUUUCUAUUUCUUUUAUUCACUAUUCUAUUUCUUUUUCAUGUUGUUUUCUUUUCCUUUGUUUACCUUUUCUUUUUCUCCUCCAAAAGACGAGCUAGCCGGAACCAUAUGCAUGGUGGGAAGGGGAUACAUUAAUGUAUAUAACUAAGAUGAUAUAUAUUACACAUCAUUUCACCGAUAACGAUUAAGUGCGUACACAAAAAUAUAUAUAUAUAUAUAUAUAUAUAUAUAUAUAUAUAUAUAUAUAUGAUGCAUGGUUUCUCAGCGUCGACGUUUUUGUUUUUGACUGAGUUUCUUGAGUUUCUUUCCUUUCUUGUUCGUUGACGAAUAAUUGAACCCCUCAUUGUGACCUUUCCUUUUUCAUGGAGUAUGAUCUUUCUUAGGUAAUGUAGUAUUGAUUCUUCUUUUGACGUAUGCUUCAUCGUCAUCAUCUUCCCUUAUCGAGUUGCCGUACUGGUCGUAGUCUUCCUCGUUGGCGACUCCAUCCAUUCCAAUGAUGUUCUUUUGCCUCUCCUCACGACAACACGGUUGGGAUUCCUCGGGUCGGUUAUGAAGAAGCAUUGUGUCACGUGCUUAGCGUGUACUCAUGGCUCGUUUUUUGUGAUGGCGUUCACGAUAGCGUUCUUGGCGUCAGGUAUAGACACGGUAGUGCGAUACCGGUUUUCUCUUUCGACAUUCUUAGCCCAUCUGAUACGAAACAUCGUCGCACUGUGCAAUCAAGAGUAGUCAAGCUCCCAGAUCUUCUCGAUCCUUCCGUAGAAUCUUUCAGUUGCAGCGUUGUCGUCAGUCAUGCAUUCCAUCGCCACCCCUGAGUUUUGAAAAUCACUGUUUAUAUCUUUGGCCUCCGUGUAGAACGUGUAUCCGUUGAUAUCAUAUUCCGGAUAGGUCGCGAGGUUGGCCGUGGGGCCAUGUGCUAUGGCGUAUAUAAGUAAUCCGUCCGUAGAGCCCUCUUCCGGAGGAUUAGUAAGAAUAUGCUCUUUGAACCAAUGCAAGAAAGUGGAGUUGUGCUCUCUAGUAACUUCGGCGUUCGUCCUGCAUAGCCCCCAGUCACGAUGCUUCUUUGCGAUAGUUUCUUUGUGCAGUGUCACGAAAGGAUCUACCACGUCUAGGUGAUGUAGCAUUACUAAGUUUGCUAUGUCAAAGUCGUUGCGUCGAUCCGAGUAACCCACAUGCAGUUCCCUACGACCGUUGGAGUGACCUUCUUCUUCGAGCCUCCCAAGGUGCUUCUUAACAGGUAAACCAACACCAGGCCGGUCUCCGUCAUAUAGAUAAUUCUCACAGAAAGAGAUGCACUCUUGUGUCACAUAGCCCUGGACGAUGCUUCCAUCCGGACGGGACAUGGUACGAACGAAUCAUUUGAUGACCCCAUUCAUCCUCUCGAACGGCUUCAUGUUGUGCAGGAAUGACGGUCCCAGGUCUAUUAUGUCGUCCACAAUGUGGACACACAAAUGCACCAUAACGUCAAAGAACGCGGGCGGGAAAUACAUCUCGAGCUCAUUUAGUAUCACAACGAUCUCUUUCUGUAGCCUUCAGAGCUGCUUCACACUGAUCAACUUUCGAGAGAUGACGUCAAAAAAGUUGCACAGACCAAUAAGCGUGUCACGGACGUGCUUGUCCAUUAUCCCUCUAAGGACAACAGGUAGUAUCCGCGUCAUCAGUCAUGGGACUUCAUCCCGCUGAACAUUUUUUUCUUCGUGUCUAGAAAUCUGUUUAUCUUCCCACAGUAACCGAAACUAACUUUGAUUCUGGUAAGGCACUUAAAGAAUUGAUCGAUCUCAGCCGGACUUAAGGUGAGCAAGAAGAGGGACAAUAAUCCUUUUCCUUCACUUUUUUGCCCUUCUUCUCCCGCGCCUCCGUCUCCGUCUCUGUCUCUCUGACAUUUUACGGGGCGGUAUGUGCAGAUCUGCCCUGACUUUCAAAUCUUGCAAGUCUCUUCUUGCCUUCGUCCCAUCCUUGGUCUUAUCCGGCAUGUUCAUCAGUGUCGCAAGCAAGCUCCCAAGGACAUUCUUCGUGAUAUGCAUUUGAUCAAGGCAAUGAGGCGUGUCGAGUUUGUGCCAGUAUUCCAAGUCCCAGAAAACAGACCUCGUCUUCCAUACCUUUUGCAGUGGCUCCGACACCUUUUUCAUCGUCUUUCCCGGCGCAGGGCACUGUUCCCAGUUUUUAACAGCUCAUCGAUUUCGGCGCCGCUCCGCUUACGUGGAGGUCCUCGAUGCUCAGCCUCACCAUUGAAUAGAUCUCCAUGGGUUGUCCUUCUCGAGCCAUUUUCGAUGCCCCAUGUACACGAUUUUCCCAGACCCGCCAUCUUUCGUUGACAUUAGCUGCUAAGACGUCGUAUCAUCCAUGCACCACGUGCAUCCGCAAUAUCCGUGGCACAACUGGCCUGCGACAUAUCCGUAACCGAGAUAGUCGUGCACCGUCGUGAUCACUGAGGGAGAGAGGAGGUGGGAGCUAGGGGAAAGUGAAAGGAAGAGAGGAUGGGGGAUGGGGUAGGAAAAGGUGGCUGCUGCGCCUUAGCAGCAGCGAGGGUUGGGAAAACGCGCUGCUGCUAAAAUCGUAGCAGUAGCGUGCUCCUGCUAUGUGGGGCCCGCCAUGUGGCAGGUUCAAAGUUAGCAGUAGCGCUCUUCCUUGAAAACGCGCUACUACUAUAUACUUAGCAGUAGCGCGUGUUUUGGAAGGUCGCUACUAUUAUAUCUAGCCUGUAGGCAACAUUGUUAUAAUUAUAGUAGUAGCGUGUUUUCCUGCAAACGCGCUAGCCGCUCUUAUGGUAAAAGCACACAAAUAUAUAGUAACUGAAUUAAUUCUCGUUACUGGCUGCCACACUUUGCACAUCUGCCACGUGGCACUUGUCGCUAAGCAUGGUAGAAAAGCUAGCUUAUGUGGUAACGUGAUUAAAGCCUUUACUGGCUCCUAUGCAUAUGUACUAAUUUCAGUAAAGGUCCUUGCAAAAAAUAGUAACAGGAUGAAACCAUUACAACUUUUUGACCUGUGUACGUGGUACAUGCUAAUUUAAUUUAUGGUAUUUUCCAAUGGAGAAACAUAUUUGAUGGUAAUUGUAUUAAGGUCAGGUAAGGAGCCUAUGGCUAUUAGUUGCUACUAUGUACUAUAGGUAGUAAUUGCAUUACCAUUUGGUAUAAGGCAAGCAUUAUUAACAUGUAGUAAUAUUACAACUAAAAAUGUGUUGCUUUCUUUCUUGGAAAUAGAUGUCUUAAAAUAAUUUGAAUUUAUAGUAAUGUUACAACUAAUUUUUUUCUUUUAUUCUUGGAAACAGAUGCUCUAGCAAUCUGUUUACUGUGUAUUAGAAGUAUAAUUACCAUGUGUAGGUCAUCCUAGUAAGUAUAGAGAAAACAAAGAUCAGUAUUUCACCUCGCAGAAGAGUAGUCCAGAAACAAUAUGUGUGAGUAUAUUUUUCUUAUAGUAAUUGGUACUCCCUCCGUCCGUAAUUACUUGUCACGAAAAUAAAUAGAAAUGGGUGUAUCUAGAACUAAAAUACGUCUAGAUACAUCUAUUUUUGGGACAAGUAUUUCCGGACGGAGGGAGUAGCUAAUAAGGAUUAAUUUUUUUGUAGGCUUGGAAAGUAAAAGAGAUGAGUUGAUUAUUGUAUAUGUCAAGUCUAAACUUUAGUGAGACUAGCGUGUACAUUAUAGUAAUUGUUAAUCUAGUAGACUUUGUGUCAAUUAAAUGGAUUAUUUGGCUAUACACUAAUUAUUAUGGUAAUCUAGUAAUCAUUCUAGUUAACAGAAGUAAAAAUAAGAAAUGGCAUGUGCUGUGGUUAAAGUAGUAAUUUGUUCGGAUGAAGUAACAAAGCUGGUGAACAACCAACUACUCACUCGCAAAAAAAAAAGCAACCAAUUACUGGUUUUUUAGGGGUAGCAACCAAUUACUGGUGGCAGUAAUAACAUUACUAGGCCCCUUCCCUAAUUACGCUUGAUUUAUCAUUUGUGCAUCCUUGCCUAUUACUGAGGGUCGACCAGAUUCUGAUCCCGUAUCGGCCUAUUACUGAGGGUCGACCAGAUCCUGAUCCUUGCUGCAUAAAUCUCGCUACGUGCAACUUGCAUCUAGUAAUGAAGUAAUGGAACCUAGUAAUCCAACUUGCAUCUAGUAAUGAAGUAAUGGCACCUAGUAACCCAACUUGCAUCUAGUAAUGAAUUAAUGGACAGACCCAGUGCAUAGAAGCUCCCGCACAAGGUGGGGUCUGGGAAGCGAUUAUAGGAACCUAGUCUUACCCCUGCAAAGUGCAAUGCAGAGAGGCUGGUUCGAACCCAGGACCUCUUGGCACAAGUGGGGAGGACUUCACCACUGCGCCAGGCCUGCCCUCUAGUAAUGAAUUAAUGGAACCUAAUGAAUUAAUGGAACCUAGUAACAGAUAAGUGUAACUAGUAAACAUAUUAAUAGUACGAUUUCAAUUACCGAGAGCAAUUCUGUGCAAAUAGAGUAAACCAAAACAAGGUCUAUAGUAAACCUAAAAUAAUCUUGUGAUUUCUGUGAAGGCAAUUAGACUCUAGGGUAAUUCGACCCUAAUUUCUACACGGUUUUCAUUUGCAUCUUAGUUGCUAAAGAAAAAAUGAAUUAUGGCGACUACUACGAAUCAUCCGAGCGAAAUCAGUUGGGUUGCCAGCCGUGCGAUCCAUUCUUUCCAACCCUUGGAUACGUCAACGCACGCCGAGUCGCUGACCCUUCUCUCUCGCGUCGCGUUCACCAGCCCCCCUGCUUCGAUCUCACAGCACCUUAUGUCGCCGCAGCACCGGAGAGCCGCCAUGACCAGAGCUCCACAGCAACACCAAAACGCUACGUCUAGCGGCCGGCGAGCGCUCCGGUGGAGCUGCAAUGGAGCCGCCGACGAGCGCUCCAAUGCAACACCAAAAGCUUCCCUCGAGAGCCGCCGGCGACGUUGCAUCGAGCCACUGUGGCGCUGCACUGAGCCGUCGGCGAAGCUCCAAUGCGGCCCCGGCGGCGUUCCAUUGCAGCCCUGACCGCGCUUCAUUGCAGCGCCGGCGAUGACAGCGGAUGCUGCGAUGCAGCACGCGGCGGCCAUGGCGGAAGUUGCGAUGCAGCGCACGAUGACGAUGACGCAGGCUGCUUCGCCGGAGCUGCAGUGGAGCAGCGGUGCAGCGACGCAAGGCGACGGCGGUUUGCAGCAGCGGCGAAGAGCAUGGCGUGUAGGAGCAGGCAUAGCAGAAACGCGAGCGGUGGCGGCACCGGUGGCGAUGGCGCUGCCAUGGCUGUGUUGUGUCGCAGGAAGAAGAAAAACGAGGAGAAGAAACGAGUGGCUCAACGCUUGCAGGAAAGAGAUAAGGGAAUGAAAGGAUAAGGGAGAAGGAGAGAUAAGCGCCUCGUUGGGCCCACCAUACGCGUGGCGAGCGUUAAAGGCGACUUACGGAGCGCGUUGAUCAGCCGGUUUAUUUUAAGGACGUGUCUGUCGAGCGGCCGUUUGCUCGGUAGCACUCCAGGGCUGUCCUCCUUUUUUAAGUAUAUUUUUGUCCUAAUCAAACAGACUAAAAAAUAUUUUGUCCUCCUAAUAGGAAAAAGACAAAGACCAUACAACGUGUUUAAACAAAACUGAAAAAGUCCAUUUUGUAAUUUUAGAAAAGUCAUAACUUUUGAAUCGAAUAUCGAAAUUAAGAUCCGAUUUCACCGUUGAAA